GAAAACCUUCUCUUUUAAGCUUUUUUACUGAAAGACUUAUUAAUGGAUAUAGACCUACUAUCAUGCUUGAAAGCAGAACACUUGUAGUCAAUGUUUUAGGUACGUUGUUCUCUUCUGCAAUUGAAUCUAAAUGUGAUGGAUGCUUUAG